AAAAAGACCGGCUUGAGGCAGAGAAAGCGAAUGAAAUUGAGAAGCUUAACGAGCAAGUGUCUCUGGUCGCUUCACUGCGGACCGAGCUUGAGGAAAAGCAGGGUCAAUUCGAUGCUGACCGCAAAGAGUUACAAAAGGACUUCAAUUCCCAGCUUGAGCAGAGUGCCGCUGCCCUCAAGGAGAAAAAAGAACGCGAUAUCGCAAAGCUCGAGGAAGAUAUGGCAGCUCUGAAAUCAGCGGGUGAUCGAAAGUCUCAGUCGUUAGAGUCCGAUCGCGAACGCCUCAACCUGGAAGUGGAACGGUUAAAAACCGAGUCUGCUGAUCGUAUUACUGAACUAGAGCGCUUCGUCGAUGCCCUGCAAAAGCGAAUCGAGAAGACGAAGGACGAGCGAGACACACAACUCCGAGAAGCGGCUAAGGAACAGGAGGCAGCAGCGAUGAAACAUGCUGAAGAGAUGUUAAGGUGAUAGAAGUUAUAGCAACAGGUGGCCACUGGAACUAGACCGAGAGAUGAAAUUGUAGCCCUGCUCUAUAAGAGUCGUAGAAAACGAAAACCAGCAUAGCCUUCUUCUUCCUCUAAAUCCAGAAGCCUUACGCAAACAAUUUGCAGAUGAAAAGCGUGCAACGAGAGAGGCGGAGGAACAGAUGCUGGCUGAAUUGAGGCUUAAAAUGGACCAGAUGGAGGAAACGCACAAUUAUGACCUGGCUGACAGUGAAAAUCAUAUGUACUACGACUAGUUUUUUUUUUGGAUUUAGUCUAAUCUCAACAUCGCCUAGAAUCUAUGCAGGAGGAGCAUGGGGAGACGGUUGAGCGCCGUAUUGCGGAUGUCACGAAGAGUCUAGAGAGGGACCACAUUUCGCAGAUGGAGAGCGAAAUAGCCGAACUCAAAUCUGCCCAUAAAGCUGAUAGAGUAGCGGCUGAAGAAGAAGCGGCCUCG